GACGGCUAGGGCCUUCACCACGUCCUACAAGCUCAAGCGGCACCUGCAGUCGCACGACAAGCUGCGGCCCUUCGGCUGCCCGGUGGGCGGCUGCGGCAAGAAGUUCACUACCGUGUACAACCUCAAGGCGCACAUGAAGGGCCACGAGCAGGAGAGCCUGUUCAAGUGCGAGGUGUGCGCCGAGCGCUUCCCCACGCACGCCAAGCUCAGCUCGCACCAGCGCAGCCACUUCGAGCCCGAGCGGCCCUACAAGUGUGACUUUCCCGGCUGCGAGAAGACCUUCAUCACUGUGAGCGCGCUCUUCUCCCACAACCGGGCCCACUUCCGGGAGCAGGAGCUCUUUUCCUGCUCCUUCCCUGGGUGUAGCAAGCAGUACGACAAAGCCUGUCGCCUGAAAAUACACCUGCGGAGCCACACAGGAGAAAGGCCUUUUGUCUGUGACUCUGACAGCUGCGGCUGGACCUUCACCAGCAUGUCCAAACUCCUGAGGCACAAAAGGAAGCAUGAGGAUGACCGGAGGUUCACCUGCCCUGUCGAGGGCUGUGGGAAGUCGUUCACGCGGGCGGAGCACCUUAAGGGCCACAGCGUCACGCACCUGGGCACCAAGCCCUUCGUCUGCCCCGUGGAAGGGUGCUGCGCCAGGUUCUCCGCACGGAGCAGUCUCUACAUUCAUUCCAAGAAGCACCUGCAGGACGUGGCUGCCCCGAAAAGCCGGUGUCCCGUCUCCAGCUGUGACCGGCUCUUCACCUCCAAACACAGCAUGAAGGCGCACAUGGUCAGACAGCACCGCCGGCCCCCAGACCUCUUUCCUCCGCUGGCCGCACCCACCAGCAGCCUCGGUGGCCCCACGGACCUGGCAGCUCUCUUCUCCGACCCACCGGGGGAGGGCGGUGGUGCAGCCGGGGCCCCUGACGAGGUGCUGAGCGCUGGAAUCCUGACCAUCGACGUGACUUCUGUGAGCUCCUCUCUCGGAGGGAGCCUCCCUGCCAGUCAUGGGUCCUUGGGGCCGAUGGACCCGCUGGUCUUGGUGGCCCACAGUGACGUUCCCCCGAGCCUGGACGGCCCCCUCGUCCUCGGGACGGCAGCCGCAGUCCUGCAGCCGAGCAGCUUUGUUGUGGACGACGUGCAGGCUGCGGGCGCGCUGGGCUGUCUCCUGGCUCUGCCCCUGGGGAACUUGAGCCAGGACCCACAGGCCUUGACCGCCAGCAGCAGUCCUGCCGCCAGCGCCUCCCUGCUGACCUCGGCAGGCAGCCCCCAGGGAAGCACCAGUGUCCCGGAGCUGCUGGUUCCAAUCAAAGUGGAGCCGGACUUGCCUCCUGGCCCCGACGCUGCCGGGCGGCCGCAGCACAGUGGAGGGGCGGCCCGACCCGUGGAGGAGCCCAGUCUCCAGAGAGACGUGGGGCGCGGUGCGGGGACCGGCAGCUUGUACUUGCUCUGUGACGCUGGGCUGCCGCAGUUCCCCGAGCACAGAUGGCGAGUGGUGGACGGGCCCCAGGAAGGCGGGGGCCCAGCGAGAACUGACUCCAGAGCCAUUCAGCAAGCCCAGGAAAGAAAGCAGAGAGGAGCUGGGGGCCACGCAGGAGCUGCAGGGGCUGCUCGGAGUGAAGGGCAAGGGGAUCCAGGCCCGGCCAGCCCGAGCGGCUUGCUGUGGGGGAGCCUCGUGGUUCCCGGCGGGGCUCUGCCUGGACCCGCCCCCGCUGGGGUGCCGUGCGUCCAGGUCCAGCUGCUGCAGGACGCCCCGGUGGGUGACGUGGUCCUGCCGGUGGCGCUCAGCCCGCAGCCUCCUGCCCUGCACCCGCUGUUUGCUGUCGACGUGCCCAUCUACGCCCUGCAGGAGGCGCUGCCCGCGGCUGGAGGGGCCGCCGGGCCCGAGGACGCCCCCUGCCUGCUGGAGUGAAGCAGCGCCAU